CUGAAAAAUGCACUGUCGAGCGUGAGGAAGAGGGAGAGUGAGGAGGGAGAUGGAGCUAGGUGAAAAUCUGUGUGCGGCUGCUAGAGACGGCGACUGCGAAAAGCUCCUGUCUCUCAUCAGUGAGGGCGCCGACCCUUCAUAUUUCGACUCAAUGGGCCUGGCCCCAUUGAUGCACGCUGCUAAACAUGGCCACGCCCAAUGUCUCAGUGUCUUGCUCGAAGCUGGGGCACCAUGGAAUGCUCUUACGCCCUCCGGGCUCUCUGCUGGUGAUUUUUCCAUGGAAGCUGCCCACCAAGAAGCUUUUGAUAUUCUCCUCAAUGCAGGGAUCCAGGCUGAACUUUUACUGGGAACAAUAGCUAGGAGGAAAAAAGAAGCUGGCCAAGGCUCCUGUGAUGGUUAUUUGGAAGAUAGGGUUGCUUUCAGCGAGGACAGAUUAAUGGACUCUGAUAAUAAGGCAGUCAUGAUGGCUUGGGAGAAGCCGUUAAUGGAAGCUCAUGCUAAAGCUGUUUGUUGCGGAGGUGUUGAUGGUGGUGCGGGCCAAAUCUUGAAUGUUGGAUUUGGAAUGGGACUUAUUGACAUGGCUAUUCAACAAUUCUCACCUCUAUCCCACACUAUAAUUGAAGCUCACCCUGGUGUUUAUGCAAGGAUGCUUCACUCUGGGUGGGGAGAGAAACCAAAUGUGAAGAUCAUAUUCGGAAGAUGGCAAGACGUUCUUCCUGAGCUUCAAUCUUAUGAUGGCAUCUUCUUUGACACAUAUGGUGAGUACUAUGAAGAUCUGAGGGAGUUCCAUCAGCAUCUUCCCAAGUUGUUGAAGCCUGAUGGGGUCUACUCGUUCUUCAAUGGGCUUUGUGGGGAUAAUGCAUUUUUCCACAUGGUUUAUUGUCAGUUGGUUGCUCUAGAGCUUGCUCAUUUAGGUUUCUUAACGCAAUUUGUUCCAUUGCCUGUCAAGGACUGCCUACAAGAGAAAGUUUGGGAAGGAGUCGAGCACAAAUAUUGGCAGCUAGAUACAUACUACCUUCCUGUUUGUCAAUCUUCAUCUGAUUCGGGCUGAUUUUCUUACAUUGAAAGAUAUUCGUUUCUUAAAGCCGGAUCUCUCAGCUAUUGGCUGGCUACUUUUGGCGGCAUGGAAGUUCGUGCAAUUCAAGGUUUCUAGGUCUGGUUCAGGAUCUAUGGUUUGAGCACUCUGGUUGUUUUUUUUUUUUUUGCACUCUGUUUUUCUAAAUUUCAUUUUUUGUUUGAUUGAAAUCUAUCAUAUCUCACGAAAGGUCUGGGUCGAAGGUAUUUGUAUGAGGAAAUAAUUACUGGAAUAACAUUAUAUUUCAUGGAUCAUGAUUUCAUUGAUAAAUAUGUAUGGCAGUUCGUCAUAUUUGGUAAAAA